AACGCGCUGGUGCUGAUCAGUUGUUCGGUAGCUCUGGAACGCUUCAAGUCCCCUCAUUUGCCUCAAAACAAAAAAAAAAAAAAAACAAAAAGAAAACAACACACAAAAGAACAUCCAAGUUAGUAGUUUAAAAGUGUCUUGCCUUUAAGAAAAAAAAGAAAUAUAUCAAUAUAUAUUCAAAUUUAAUUUAACGAUCCAAAAAGUUUCAGUUAAGAAAAGAUCUCAAGAAAACAAAGAAAAUUUUUCGAAGUGUCUUUUGAAGUGCUUUAAAAGAGUGACAUUAAAAAAAAUAAAAAGAAUAAGUGCUUUAAAAUUAUAAAUUGUCAUUUUGUAUAUAAAAAUAUCUAUGGGAUUGUGGAGAGGAAAGUAAGAGUGAAGGUUUUGUACUAAAAAAGAAAAAGAUAAAGUAAAUGGAGUGUGGUGUUGUGUCUAAGUGGGAAGGUUUCAGUGGGAUAUGAUAAGUAUGGAAUUGCAGCCAACUUCGGUGCAUAUGGCGCACCUAAAUGCGGCGCCGCAGGGUGCCACAGCGGUACCGGCUCCCCAUCAUCUGCAUCAUCAUCAUCAACAUAGUCAGCAUCAUCAUAUGCAACCUCAGCAGGGUCAAUCGGCCGAUGGUAUAAUGCAUAUGCAGCAACAGCAGCAGCAGCAACAGAUGCAACAAGAGGAAAAGCCAAAGAAAGAUGUUCAUUCGGUGCAGGGAACAAUGGGAGGCGGUGGAGAUGGUCACGGAGGUGUCAAUCAACUUGGCGGUGUCUUCGUCAAUGGACGACCCCUUCCGGAUGUUGUUAGACAACGAAUAGUUGAACUUGCACACAACGGAGUUCGACCCUGUGAUAUUUCACGCCAACUGAGGGUCAGUCACGGCUGUGUUUCCAAAAUUCUGUCCAGAUACUACGAGACUGGCAGCUUCAAAGCCGGCGUGAUUGGAGGUUCUAAGCCGAAGGUGGCCACACCACCAGUUGUGGACGCCAUUGCCAACUACAAACGCGAAAAUCCAACGAUGUUUGCUUGGGAAAUUCGCGACAGAUUGCUGGCAGAGGGAAUUUGUUCGCAGGACAAUGUUCCCAGUGUAUCAUCAAUCAAUCGAAUCGUGAGGAAUAAGGCAGCUGAGAAGGCUAAACAUGUACAUCAUCAACAAACGAGCCAACAGACACCACCUAGCGGCGGUACGGCAUCUAGUGGUGCCACUAGCGGUACAACGAAUGUUUCUGUCAUCACCCACGCCACUAGCGCCAUCAUCCAACCCCAAACACCCGGUUCAAUGGCACCAAAUGGCCAAGGUGAUAGAUCAUCUGGCUACAGUAUCAAUGGUAUCCUCGGGAUACAGCACACAACUGAUCCCAAUGGCAACAGUAUCAAGCGAAAACGAAUGGAUGAUCACGUAGCUAAUUCCAUCACUCCCUUAGCACCAAUUGCAAUGCAAGAAAUGAAAAUUAGUGCGGGAAAUCUAAUUGAUCCCUCAAUGUCUCCCUACCAAAUAUCAGCCAAUCAAGAAUCGGGAGUAGUUCAUCAAUUUGGACCACUGAGUCACAUUGGGGUGGUUAUGAGUACAGAAACAGCUGGUAAUGCAUCACCUGACCUUCCAAUGACCUUGGUAUCAGCCACAGAUUCACAGCCACCUGACAAUUGUUCACCGGCUGCCCCGACAAAUGGCCAAGGAGAUCCAGAUGAUCAUGAUUCAUCCCUCAUUGUCCUACAGCCCUCAACUCCCGGCUACUCAACGAUGCUUCCCAGUUUUACUCACUAUCCUCAAGGUGCAGCUGCCUCCGUUGUACCAAGUUCAGACUACGCCUACAGUUCUCCUGGGGCCUAUCAACAGUACGGUGGGGCUCCCUAUUCAUCCUACACCUACGGUUCCAGUGCUCCAGGUGGCCUUCUCAGCAAGUGAACGUCUCUCGCUGCCGAAAUCGUCCAACGACACCGCUCGACAACGACUUUUUGGCAACUUUCGACGCUCAAAUACUCCUGGAAUUUUUUUCCCAACAAAAAAAAAAGAAAUAUAGAUGGCGCGCUGAAUUUUUUUUGAUGAUCGCCUGGGACUUUUAGCAUAUCGGACAACAACAACAACAACAACAAAAAAUUGCAUUUCGGAUAUUAUUAAUAAUUACUAAUUAUUAUACUAUUAUUAUUUUAAAAUUCCUUCCACGAUACUCUCAAAUUUUUCUUGAGAUCACUUAAGAGACAAAAAGAAAAGAAAAGAAAAAAAAAACAGAAGAUAGAAACAGAACCGUUUAUACUCAAAUGGAUUACUUUUUUUUGUACUUAAUUUUUUUUUUGGAGACCUUUUUUACAUUAGAAAUAUGUUCUUUUUUUUGUAAGACCUCAACUGUCUCGUUUGUUUUCCUUUACAUAUAUAUAUAUAUAUAGUUUUUUUUAAUUGAAUAAUUUAUUUGAAAAACGAACAAAGAAUAAUGAAGAUGAAAAAAAAAAAACGUUGAUAAACACUCAACUUCUCAAAACACCAAAGCUAUCGGAUUACUUUUUAAUAAAGUAUUUUUUUUUUAAUAAUUAUUACUAUUUUUUUUAUUAGGAAAUGUUAUAAUUUAAAAAGAAAAUUGUUUUUUCUUUCUUUUAAUUCAAAUUGGGAUAAGCAAGAGGAAGAAAAAAGAAGAAGAAAUAACGUAAUUUAUUUUAUCAUAUCAAUUUGCAUUAUUUAAUUUUAGUUCUUUUCUCUAUUAAUUAGAUAAUAAAUACAUUUUUGUGAAUAUUUAAUUUAGAAUUUUUGAAGAUUAUUCAUUUUGUCCAGAAAUAAUCUUAAGGGAAUGAGAAAAAGAAAUACUUUGGCAGAAUAUAGAGAAAUAAUAGCAAUGGGACAGAGAAGGAGAGAAAUUGAUACUAUUUAAGUACUUAAUUAAGGCCUUAAAUGGCUUCUAUUUUGAGGAAUUGAAGGACAAUGAAAUAGCAUGAAUUUACCUUAAUACUAAGUACUUAAUUAAGGACAUUCAGUGGAAAAAUCUCAG